AUGCAUCUAUCUGUGACUCAGUUCGAUGUCUCAUUUCUUCUCAAGCCCUACUUGCCACGGCUGUUGGAGGGCAUUAAGCAGAGCUCCGACCCUUCGCUUUUCCAAAGCUACGUGACCUGUCUAAGGGCACAGUCUCUUGACGACCCGGAAGGACGCAUAGAAGCCGUAAGGAAGCUCAACGAAGAGAAUAAGGAGGCCGUAGAGAUCAUUGCUGUCUUCGCCAAACUCCGAAAUCUCUCUAAACAUCGGCUACAUGGCCAAUACCCUCCUGGCGUGGCACCGAUCUACAAGUUGCCCGACGAGCUGUUAUCAUACAUCUUUUCCUUCCUCGCAGACGGCUUACCACGCAUCACUUGGAACAAGCCCGUGCUGGUCAAUGUUCCGGUCAUCGUCACCCUCAGCUGUGUAUGCCGCUUGUGGCACAGCGUCGUCCUGGAUCACACCCCCGAGCUCUGGAGUACCAUCUCGACCACCUUCUCUCCGAAACGCCUCGCAAAAGCCCUCGAUGCCUCCAAAGGGGCGCGCCUUGACUUCCACAUCUGCUUUGGUCCAAAGACGAAAAAGUCAUCCGCCUUCUACGAGGUCGGCAACGAACGCGAGCAGGCUCUCAUACACACGCUGGCGGAGAUGUCACGCAUUCGGAGUCUGGACGUUGAUCUCGGAGCCGUGACGGUCGCGGCCUUUAAAGUCACUAAGUCACGAUUGACGCGGCCUUUAAAGGCAGCAAUUUUUGGCGCAUUGUGCAAAGCAUGGGCUCAGCCCCCGAUACUGUGCAAUAAUUGA